AUGGACGACAUGGAAUGUGAGGACAUCGACAACGAUCGGAUUAGAGAUGCUUGUCCCAGCGAAAUACUGGCCCCGUUGAUUGUGAAGAUUCUCGGCUUCUCGAACGAGACGUGUGAUGAUAAACCACCACCAGGAGAACAUAUUCCCGAGCGAUACCACACAAGGCUCAUGGAUACUUAUUCAAUCAAAUAUGAUCAACGGGACCGUGACGCCGGUAGCUUCGAAUCGUAUGACGUUUCCGUCAAGCGGCCUGUGCCAUCCGUGUUCGCGGCUUACCUUGCCGACGGCACGACAGAGACACACGUCGUAUGCGUCACACCCGACCAUGUGGCUGAGGGUAGCCGAGAACCCGAGGAAGAAGAGCCAUGGGAUCUUCUGGAGAGCACCGGUGCGCGCAGGUCCUGGGUGAUAGCUGGGCAGGUGGCAACGGUAGUCGCAAUCGCAGUAGUCGUCGCAGGGUACUGA